GCGCCUGCGCGGUGGGCGAAGCGAAGGACGCGGCCGCGGCGAAGCUGGGCGGCCCGGCGGGCUGCGCCAGGGGGGCGCAGCGUCGCGGAGGGGCCCGGACCGGAACCGGGAAGGCGAGCUUUCCUCCCUCUACCGCCGAAAGUAAACUUCCGCGGCGCUCCCGCGUCUUCGCCGCGGCUGCUGCGCCGCCGCAGGCAGUGAGCAGCAGUCCUGCGACAGGGCCUCGCUCGCUCUCCCUCCCCCGGCGCGGGGCCGCGGCGCCAUGGACGCGACGGCGCUCGAGCGGGACGCCGUGCAGUUCGCCCGCCUGGCCGUGCAGCGCGACCACGAGGGCCGCUACCCUGAGGCUGUGUUUUACUACAAGGAAGCUGCACAAGCCUUAAUUUAUGCUGAAAUGGCAGGAUCAAGCCUAGAACGUAUUCAAGAAAAAAUAAAUGAGUAUCUGGAAAGAGUUCAAGCUUUACAUUCAGCAGUUCAGUCAAAGAGUGCUGAUCCUUUGAAAUCAAAACAUCAGUUGGACUUAGAGCGUGCCCAUUUCCUUGUUACACAAGCUUUUGAUGAAGAUGAAAAAGAGAAUGUUGAAGAUGCUAUAGAAUUGUAUACAGAAGCUGUGGAUCUCUGUCUGAAAACUUCUUAUGAAACUGCCGAUAAAACCCUACAAAACAAACUGAAACAGUUGGCUCGACAGGCACUAGAUAGAGCAGAAGCAUUGAGUGAGCCUUUGACAAAGCCAUUUUGUAAAAUCAAGUCAACAAAUAUUAAACCAAAGCCACCUCCAACAAGAGCACAUUUUCCACUAGGAUCUAAUCCCUUCCUUGAAAGACCUCAGCCAUUUAUAAGUCCACAGUCAUGUGAUGCACAAGGACAGAGAUACACAGCAGAAGAAAUAGAAGUCCUCAGGACAACAUCAAAAAUAAAUGGUAUAGAAUAUGUUCCUUUUAUGAAUGUUGAUCUGAGAGAACGUUUUGCCUAUCCAAUGCCUUUCUGUGAUAGAUGGGGCAAGCUACCAUUAUCACCUAAACAAAAAACUACAUUUUCCAAAUGGGUACGACCAGAAGACCUCACCAACAAUCCUACAAUGAUAUAUACUGUGUCUAGUUUUAGCAUAAAGCAGACAAUAGUAUCGGAUUGUUCCUUUGUGGCAUCAUUGGCUAUUAGUGCAGCUUAUGAAAGACGAUUUAAUAAGAAGUUGAUUACCAGCAUAAUUUACCCUCAGAAUAAGGAUGGUGAACCAGAGUACAAUCCAUGUGGAAAAUAUAUGGUAAAACUUCAGCCUCAUGGUGUGCCAAGAAAGGUAAUAAUUGAUGACCAGUUACCUGUUGAUCAUAAGGAGAAUUGCUUUUCUUAUUCCAACAACAAAAGUAAAUUAUGGUUUCUCUCAUAGAAAAAAUACAUGAAAGUCAUGGGAGGAUGUGAUUCCAGGAUCUACUCAGUAAAAUAUUGAUCUCAUGCACUGACUGGAUGGAUACCGGAAAUUGCUAUGCAUUCAGAUAGCCAAACUUUCAGUAAGGAUAAUUCUUUCAGAAUGCUUUAUCAAAGAUUUCACAAAGGGGAUGUCCUCAUCACUGCAUCAACUGGAAUGAUGACUGAAGCUGAAGGCGAGAAGUGGGGUUUGGUUCCCACACAUGCAUAUGCUGUUUUGGAUAUUAGAGAGUUCAAGGGGCUGCGAUUUAUCCAAUUGAAAAAUCCUUGGAGUCAUUUACGUUGGAAAGGAAGAUACAGUGAAAAUGAUGUAAAAAACUGGACUCCAGAGUUGCAAAAGUAUUUAAACUUUGAUCCCCGAACAGCUCAGAAAAUAGACAAUGGAAUAUUUUGGAUUUCCUGGGAUGAUCUCUGCCAGUAUUAUGAUGUGAUUUAUUUGAGUUGGAAUCCUGGUCUUUUUAAAGAAUCAACAUGUAUUCACAGUACUUGGGAUGCUAAGCAAGGACCUGUGAAAGAUGCCUAUAGCCUGGCCAACAACCCCCAGUACAAACUGGAGGUUCAGUGUCCACAAGGGGGCGCUGCAGUUUGGGUUUUGCUUAGUAGACACAUAACAGACAAGGAUGAUUUUGCAAAUAAUCGAGAAUUUAUCACAAUGGUUGUAUACAAGACUGAUGGGAAAAAAGUUUAUUACCCAGCUGACCCACCUCCAUACAUUGAUGGGAUUCGAAUUAACAGCCCUCAUUAUUUGACUAAGAUAAAGCUGACCACACCUGGAACCCAUACCUUUACAUUAGUGGUGUCUCAGUAUGAAAAACAGAACACAAUUCAUUACACAGUCCGGGUGUAUUCAGCAUGCAGCUUUACUUUUUCGAAGAUUCCUUCACCAUACACCUUAUCAAAACGGAUUAAUGGAAAGUGGAGUGGUCAGAGUGCUGGAGGAUGUGGAAAUUUCCAAGAGACUCACAGAAAUAAUCCCAUCUACCAAUUCCAUAUAGAAAAAACUGGGCCAUUACUGAUUGAGCUACGAGGGCCAAGGCAAUACAGUGUUGGAUUUGAGGUUGUAACAGUUUCUGUGGUGGGAGAUCCUGGUCCCCAUGGCUUUCCAAGGAAAUCUAGUGGUGACUAUCGGUGUGGGUUUUGCUACCUGGAAUUAGACAAUAUACCUGCUGGGAUCUUUAAUAUCAUUCCCAGUACUUUCUUGCCUAAACAAGAAGGACCUUUUUUCUUGGACUUUAAUAGUAUUAUCCCCGUCAAGAUAACACAACUUCAGUGAUGGAGAAAUCUCAAAAAUUACUGGAUUUUAUAUUUACCAAACAUCAACUCUUCAAUGAGGACACAGAUCUUCAGGACAGUAAACACAACAAUCAGAAUGGAAUUAAAUCUCUAAAAACAUGUUGCAGUAGAAUCUGGUGCUUGUCAGGGCAUUUGGUGAGAAUCGUAUGUAGUCAGAAUUACCUAAAUCACCUAGAAGUAUUGUUUACAUGGUUUUGUGUAUAUAUAGAGUUGGCUUGCAUAUAGGGGCCAUUUUGUAUACAAAGUGCAUAUGAUUAAAAUUUAGACUCAGUCAUCACUGUGAGAUGCCUUUGAUAAAAGGAUAAAGGAACUAAGACGAGAUGGGCAAACUGAGUGGCAAAGAUUCAUUGAGUGGAAUGUUAGGCUAGUUUGAUACCCUGAAAUAUUUACAUUAUGUUUCCCUUUUUUGCAGAGCAUGUUAUAAGUUAAACCUGCCUGUGUUGACUCCACUAUACAUCUUGGGCAACUGAUUACCAAAUUAAUUGUUACCAUAACUAAUUUUAAUUUUGCAUUAUUUAUUAUUUUAAAUGUUUAUUAUUGCCCAGAUGUUAUUAAAGAAUAAAGCUAAUUCUAAUUAGCAUGAAGAUGCUCAUACUUAAGAAUGAAGGUUGUUGAGGUUAGAUACCUAUCUCAUUGAAUCAUGUAGAAAGAACUGAGGUAAGUUCACUAUUGCAGUUUUUAUUUUUUAAAGUAGUAAUUGGAGACAUUAAAGACAUUACAAUUUAGUUUGUAUAGUCUUUUUUAAAUUGCUCUAUAACUCAAUGUUCUAGUGGUAACACUUUGAAGAAAUUGAGACUUUAAUAUAUGGCUACUGGGUUAUAUAGCAUUGAGAAAAAGUGAAUUGCCAAGAUACUAGUGUUGUGUAAAUUCCUGGUUUACAUAAAAAUCCAUCAAAACAAUGUUCAAGAUUUUAAAGGUCUAAAAAUGAAUAGUGUGGGAUUUUUCAUUGUCUCUACUUUAUAAUUAUUAAAACUUCUUAUUUUGUAUUUCUCUACCUUUAACUGAAAUAAAAUGUUUAUACUUAUGAAACCAUAUGUUUAACUUAGAGAAAUGAUUUAUUAAAAGAUUUCAUCUGUGUUCCAUCUAAAA